AUGUCCGCCGCGCUGCUCCAGGGCGACCUGGACGACGGCCAGCCGCGCUGGAAGCAUGCCGGCGCCCUUCACCAGGUGCUCGCCAUCUUCCAGACCGCCUACCCGCUGUUCAUGCUCGUCUUCUUCCUGGCCGCCUUCACCAUCCGCAGCAUAGCCGCCAGCAACUCCAACGCCAACAUCGCCACACCCACCACCACCGGGCCUGGAGGCAAGCCGCUGCCCGCAACCGAUCCCACCCGCAACUUCGUCAAGAAGGUCGUCCUCGACGACGUCACCCAGACGCAGAAGCGCGUCUUCGAGUGGAUCUCGCUGGCCGCCGCCCUGACCUUCUUCGGCAACUCGGUCCUGGUCAUCUCGCAGGCACUGGCCAAGCAGAGCGAGCACUGGUGGUGCGGAAAGCCCGUCGUGAUCUAUCUUGUAGGCUCCUUCUUCGUCUACAGCCUGUUCCUCAUCUCCCUGCUCGACUCGAAACCCUCGCCGACCGCCGCCCAUCUGUCCACAUGGCUCGUCGCCCUGGUCCUGGAGAUCGUCCUCGUGGCCUGCUCGCUCGCCAUCUACACACACGCCCACCACGAGCCCACCGCCGGCCACCCCGAGCACCCGAAGCACCCCAAGCUGCACUUCUACAUGACCGAGUGGGAGGCUGCCGAGGUGGCCGUUGACCUGCUGCGCAUCGUGCUGCUGUUCGCUCUCGUUGGCUUUUACCUCGUCUUCGUCGUGCUGCCCCACGCCAGGCGGGCCCAAGAGGCGGGAAGCUCGGACGAGACCACCUCUCUUCUGGGCAACGGCGCCGACCGCGCAGAGAACGGCCACGCGACCGCGAACGGAGCCAACGGAGCCAACGGAGCCAACGGAGCCAACGGAGCCAACGGAGCCAACGGAGCCAAUGGCGACACGUCCUACGGCUCAGUACACCCCGUGGGUGGCAAGCACCAGCACACCGAGGGCGCACCACCAGCCUGGAGCAGACCCACAGGCGCACCCACCCGCAGCUGGUGGGAGUACGUCAAGGGCUACCACGUCUUUUUCCCCUACCUGUGGCCAUCCAAGGACCGCCGCCUACAGCUCAUGGUCGUGGCGUGCUUCAUGCUUGUCAUGGCACAGCGCGUCAUCAACUUGCUUGUCCCUGACCAGCUCGGUCAAAUCGUUGACCGACUCGAGCACAGGGUCCCAGGCAGCCCAUGGACCGCCAUCUGUCUGUUCAUUGCUUUCCGCUUUCUGCAGGGAACCAAUGGUAUCCUCGGUGCAGCACGAUCGGCCUUGUGGAUCCCCGUUUCGCAGUACUCGUACCGCGAACUCUCGGUUGCCGCAUUUGAGCACGUGCACAGUCUUAGUUUGGAUUUCCACCUCGGCAAGAAGACGGGCGAGGUGCUCUCGGCGCUUGGAAAGGGAAGCUCCAUCAACACUUUCCUCGAGCAGGUGACCUUCUCCGUAGUACCCAUGCUGAUGGAUUUGGGCGCUGCCAUUGGCUACUUCCUGGUCAAGUACGAUGCAUACUAUGCGCUAGUGAUUGCCAUCGUGACGUUCUGGUACAUCUAUCUGACUAUUCGGAUGGCCCAGUGGCGCGCGGAGAUUCGUCGUGAAAUGGUCAACGCUGACCGUGAGGAGGAUGCUGUCAAGAACGACUCCAUGGUCUCUUACGAAACCGUCAAGUACUUCAACGCCGAAGCGUACGAGUUCAACCGGUACCGCGAAGCUGUCAAGAAAUAUCAAGACGCUGAAUGGAAGGUCCUGCUGUCGUUGAACAUCAUGAAUAUCACGCAAAACAUAGUAUUCAUGCUUGGCCUGCUGAUAACAUGUUUCAUUGCAGCCUAUCAGGUUACCACGGGCGUGCUGACGGGCGGAAAGUUUGUCACGCUGGUCGUGUUCAUGGCCCAGCUCCAGAGCCCGCUCAACUUCUUCGGCACCUUUUACAGGAUGAUCCAGUCUGCAAUGAUCAAUUCUGAGCGCAUGCUCGAGCUCUUCAAGGAACGGGCAACAGUCGUCGAUAAGGAGAGCGCCACCGAAAUGCACUCUUGCGAGGGCGACUUGAGGUUCGCUGAUGUACACUUCUCGUAUGACAACCGCAAAGCUGCCUUGACGGGCCUCGACUUCCACUGCGCUCCAGGCACUACAACGGCGUUUGUCGGAGAAUCGGGUGGUGGCAAAUCCACCAUUUUCCGCCUUCUCUACCGCUUCUACAACAGCGAAUCUGGAGGCAUACAGGUUGACGGCAACGACGUGAAGGACCUCACCAUCGACUCGGUGCGCCGCCACAUUGGUGUUGUUCCUCAGGAUACUGUCCUUUUCAACGAGACACUGAUGUACAACCUCAAGUACGCCAAUCCCGAUGCGACCGAUGAGCAGGUCUACGAAGCUUGCAGGGCCGCUAGUAUCCACGACAAGAUCCUCACCUUCCCAGACAAAUACAACACCAAGGUUGGAGAACGCGGACUUCGUCUAUCUGGCGGAGAGAAGCAGCGUGUUGCCAUCGCCCGCACCAUCCUGAAGAAUCCCAGGAUCAUCAUGCUUGACGAGGCCACCGCUGCCCUGGACACAGAGACCGAGCAACACAUCCAAGAAGCUUUCGCAACCCUGGCGCACGGACGCACUAUGCUUGUCAUCGCCCAUCGCCUUAGCACUAUCACCCACGCCGACCAGAUUCUUGUCCUGAACAAGGGCAAGGUACAAGAGCGAGGAACCCACGAGGAGCUUCUCGAAAGGAACGGUCACUACGCCGCAAUGUGGAAGAAGCAGAUCCGCGCACAGCGAGCGGCUGAGCAGGCGAAGGUGCUCAAGGAGAAGGCCGACCGUCUCCGUCGACAGUCGAAGGACGCAUCCAUCGACAACGACGGCAGCAGUAGCCACUCCAACUCUUCAGAUGACGAGAAGGCCAAGAAGCUCCGCAACAACCAACAGUCUGGGUCAUAUCGCGACGAAGCCCCCUCGAAACCACGUGGACACCCCUAG